GAUAACAUUUUACCCAUGAAUAAUAAUUUUAGAUUUUGAACUUGAACGUUAUGUUGAAUACACAAGCUCAGAAACUGAAACCUUCAAUGCUUCUAAUUUAUGGAAUUGUGAGUUGUUGUGUCUAAAGAGGCAAUCUAACAUUUUUCUUUCUUUCAAUAUUGAACUUGGAGAGUGCAAAUGCACUCCCAGUUAUUGGGCAACCAGAAUUAUCAAAAAUCCUGUUGUUUCCCUCAGAUUGCAAAGUAUCUCAAAUCAAAAUCUUACUAAACCAGAACUAUUUGUCAACAACAAACCUCUGGUGGGAGACAAGAUAUUUUGGAAAAUCACAGAACCUGAAAUCAUAGUGAAUUGCACCUCCGAGUCUGAAGGAGUAAUUGUUUUAUCAAUUGGGAAACACUUACUUCGGAAACCAGGGAAAGUGCUAAGCAUGACACUGAGAGGACAUCAACUUCAUGGAGAAACUCUAGAAUGUGUCUCCUACAGUGAUAAGGAAAUGUUUAUAAAACAAACUAAAGUUCAAGUAAAUUUGACUCUAACUCCACCCUUACGUCCUCCACUAGUUAGUGGUAUCCAAAAUAGUGUUGCAUGGGACAUUUUAAACCAACAUAAUUUUGUCUUCUCCUCCUGUACUACUGAUAGAGGAGAAGUAAGCUCGGAAUACAAGAUUACAAAAAUCACUGCUACAUUAAAUAGCUAUUCUCAUAAUCCGGAUGAUAUAACCUUUAAAUUUUUGGAUACAAGAUCCUCCUGCCUUGUUCAAGGAAAAGUGAGUUAUUUCGGGUAUCAUUUUGAACCAAGCCUUGGUGAAUGCUCACAAAUGUUAUUUUCAAAAGAUCAUAAUAUAUCUGUUUAUGUAAAACGCAAUUCAGUACAAUUUGAAGAAGUCAUUAUAUCAAGCAACUAUGAGGAUAUCAUAAUAAAAAAUGUUCUUGAAGUAGAAAAGAACCAAUUUCAAAAUAUUGGUGUUUUUAAACCUUCAAAUCCAAAAACUUGCCAUUUAAUGAACAUUAAGCCAUGCAACACUGCCAAGAUUGUCAAUGAAUGUGUGCCAUAUGAUGUUGAAAAGCAUACACUUACUCUAAACAUAGAAUUGCAAGGAAGUGUGUGUAAAACUGCCAUAAAGGACAAAAUAAAAACAGAGCUGACUGUUUAUAACCCACCACAAAUCAGUGUUGAAGUAAAUGGCUACAAAUAUUUCAAAAAUGAUGCAAGAAUGACACUGUAUGAAGGAUCCGAUAUGGAAAUUAAAUGUACAGCAUUUGACCAAUAUCCUGAAAAUAUUACAAUAAGCCUAGAUUACAAAAGGGUUACACAUGACAAAUCCUUCACCAUUCCUGCAAAGGAUGUGGCCAAGGCGGAGGGACAAACUCUUAUUUGUACAUUUCAACAUGAAGCUUGGACUUCUCAACAGAAAGAGAACCAAGAUAAUCAGAUAAGCUUGAAAAUAGAUGUUACUAAGACUCCAAAGUUUAAAGAUGAGUGUUAUGAUUAUGGGAUAAUCUAUGAGUCUAAAUCUGGAAAGGAAGAAAAAAUUGAUUCAACAGAUGAUUUAGACCUAGCACAAUGCCUUGAUAAAUGCAGAGAUAAAAUUGACUGCAAAUGGUUCAAUUGGUUUCAAACCAAAUUUGAGAAAAGUAUAUGUGAAUUGUUUGCAUCUAAACAAGAAGGGAUUAAAAUUCAAGCCGGAGCAGUAUCCGGACCCCAUAAUUGUGUAAUUGAAGGCUACUACAACAAUAUUACUGACUGCUAUGACAAUGGAUUUAUCAAAGGAAUUAAGUUAUUAUCUGAAUCUGAUAAAGAUCUUAAUGCUACUUCUCCACAAAAAUGUCAAGAAAUUUGCUACAGAACUCCACUGUGCAAGUGGUUCAAUUGGAAAAAAGACAAGUGUGAACUACUGCAGGAUCUGGAUUACUCUGAUAAAGAUGGAUAUAUCAGGUUUGAGGAAGAGCCAACAAUUGACGCUUGGAAUGGACCUGUAUCCUGCUCAGGACCUUUAACAGGCAGAUGUCCAACUGAAUAUCCAUACCCAUUUCAAAAUGGAUCCUUAUGCUGUGAUGGGUUCUUUGAAGCCAAUCCAGAAAUUAAUUUAGAAACAAAUUCUUGUGACUUGGGCUGUGAUGGUGGUCCUAUUUCAUACAGUAGCACUUGCUGUAAUGGAACUUCUAGACCUUGCAUGAGUCCUCCUUGUCUACCUGCAAAAGGCCUAUUUGAGUUCAAUGUUUGUUACAAGAGUAAAAAAGAAAAACAACACACAAAUAUUGAUUUACCAUUACAGUGUAUAGAAGCCUGUAGAGGAUAUGCUCAUUUCUCAUUAUCUGAAAAUGAUAGGAAGUGUCAUUGUUUCUAUGAAAAGUGGUUAUUAAGUGAAAAUUCUAAAGGAUGGGUUUCAGGAAAAGUAUAUAACUUUACUUCUGAAGUACAUAAUUCAAUUUCUGAAAUAUAUAAUUCAACUUCUGAAGUACAUCAUUCAACUUCUGAAGUACAUCAUUCAACUUCUGAAGUAGGUAAUUCAACUUCUGAAGUAUAUAAUAUAACUUCCGAAGUACAUAAUUAUACUUCUGAAGUACAUAAUUUAACUUCCAAAUUACAUAAUUCAUCUUCUGAAGAAAUUUCUGGAAAGCAAGUAGUUCAGCUUCUUAUUGAUGACCAUGACUUUUUGGAUGGAAAGUUUCAAUAUAAAGUUGGAUUAACAAAAAUAGGCUGCAGAGCUUAUGGACCUGGCAAAGAUACAAAAAUGAUGCUCAGAGUUGGUUCAAAGAUAAAUAAUGUCUCCUCAGGAUUAUAUCAGAGAGAUAUCUAUGGAUAUGCCUACAUGGAACAGUACAUGCUGAUAAAAAGCCAUCUUGAUUAUGAUAAAACGGAAGUUACAUGCACUGUAUCACAGCUCAUAGGAGGGAAUCAAACGUUUAGUAUUUUAAAAAGAAUGUUACAUAUUUACCUACCAACAGGAUUUAUUGAUAAAGAUGUACUGGAUUAUAAUCAGUCUAAUUCUAUAAGAUGGGUUCCUAGCCAAGUUCCAAGUUGGGCUGAAGAAUCAUUUCAUUUCUUUGAUAAAAAUGAUGAAAAAGUAAAUGUAACUCCCUUACAUGUAGAAGAGACUUCUGUAACACUUCAAACAAUAAGCUUUUAUGUAUUUCAUUUAUGGAAGCCAAAAACAAUAAAGGCAGGUUCAACCAUGCAAAUCUGCAGCAAUGAAAACUGUUGUGAAAUAACUGACCUUCCUGCCUUUCACAGUGGAAAUGCCUAUGAUUCUAAUAAAGACUUUAGACUGAAAUAUUGCAGAGGUUUUACUACGAAGUCAACAGAAAGGCUAACAAUUGAAUUAAGACCUUCUGCACAUCUACGUAACAUUGAAUUAAUAUUUUUUAAUGGAAUUAAUGUUACCAAAUUCGAAGGUGACCUGAUAACUUCCAAAGGCUCAAUCAUGACACUUAAAGAAGUUUCUGGCAUAAGAAAUGUACAGGAAGUUAAGGCCUGGCCUUGUGUUUAUGGAGAUAAAACAAAAAUAAAUUUAUAUUCAUCUUGCAAUUCACCAAACAUCCCAAAUUAUCAGGAUAAGACAACUGGAAUAAAAUAUAAUUAUCAUGACAUAAUAUUUUCCCAUGAUGUUUCAAUAUGUGGAGCUAGGAUUGAGAGCAGUUUUACACAGUCAUUUAAUAUUCAAUCCCCACCAGUCAUAGAUAUAUACAUAGAUAACACUCUACAAAAUGGUUUAAAAACUACUAGAAUACUAGAAAACAAGACGAUUACUUGGACAUGUAAGGCAUCUGGAGCUUUACCUUCAGAAACAGACAUCACAUGGAAUCUUGAUGGUAUUAAUCAUUCAAAUAUUAAUAAAUCAGAUGUUAUGGUAACUUUUCAAAUCAUCAUGUUGAAGGAAUACAACAACAAAAAUGUUACUUUUAAGAUGAUGCAUGAAGCUUUAAAGAAGGAAUUAAGCAGAACAGUUAAUCUAGACAUUGGAUACAAGCCAAUUGUGACACACUCUGAUAAACUUGAAAUAAUGUAUAAAGAGAGAAAGAAUUUUGCUUUUAGUAUCAGUGGCAACCCUUGUCCAAAUGUUACCUGGUUUCAUAAAAAUGACAUAAAACAUACUGGAGCAAGCAUUUGUGAAUCAUACACAGUAAGUUUUGAAAACAUAGAUAAGACUGCUGCUGAGGAUAAUGUACUUAUUGCAGAAAAUAUUUAUGGCCAAGUUGAAUACCAUGUUGAUCUUCAUGUUUCCUGUCCGAGCAGUAAGACAUACUGUCUGAACAAGGGAGUUUGUAAUGAUGGAUCACCUUGGAUAACAUGUAAUUGCACCAGUGUGUCAUUCUCUGGAGAGCUUUGUGAAAACUUCUGCAAUCCCCAGUACAUAGAAAUAACAUCAAUCAAAGACUUUCGAAACAACACUCAUUUCAAAUAUCUUGGAGUUUAUGAGUUAAUAAAAAACACCAAAAAACACCUCACUUAUCAAAGAAUCAUAAUGAAAGAGGAGAAGUUUAGAAUAACUUUUGGUCCAAAGGGUGGAUAUCAUAAUGACAAAAUAGUCUUUGAAUACUUGGAAGAAUCCCGUAACAACUGUAUUAUAAACAUGGAUUACAAGUUCAGAUCUGGAGAUAUCCAAAUCAAGCUUUUUAAUGCUUCUCUUCUAAACAUAAAAAACAGUUUAAUCAACUGUCCUGAUAAUAUGCACAAUUGUGGUGAAAGAUGUAUACCUGAGGUUCAUUGGUGUGAUGAUUUGGUAGACUGCAUUAAUUAUUCUGAUGAGGAUUUUGAAACAUGCAACAGCAAUUGCAGUAAAAGUUUGUUUUUUAAUACAAAUGAAACUCUGCCAACCUCAGACAGAAAUACAACAAAUCUUAAAUCUUUUAUUAGAAGAUACAAUGUUGUUGUUGAUGAUGAUAAAAUUCAUAAGAAUCAAGAAAAUGGAUCCCUGUUGGUUCAAGUAAAGUAUAUUUAUCAUAGCAUGGAGGAUGAAGACACCUUUCACAAAAAUGUUUAUGAUAUAAUUUACAAUUACACUGAAAAAGCAUGGUUUAUAGUAACUCAUGAAAAUGAAAAGCAUCACAAAAAAACAAUAUGGUGGAAACUACCCCAAUCUGGAAGAUGUAUUGAUAAUCCUAGCUUACGUCAAAAGUGGAUUUCAAAUUAUUUGGACAUAAUCCCUUUGUAUGAAAUGAAAACAAUCAGUCUCUUAGAAAAUACCCGGAAUAUUAAUAAAAUUACUUUAAGUGGGGAAUUCUAUGAGGAGUUCAAUACUGCAGAUAUGGUGAUGGUUAAUGGUACAGUAGAAGAUAAAGGUGUUUUUCUCUGUGAAAAUGGGGAACAAUAUAUUCCUAUAGAGUAUGUUUGUGAUGGGAUUAAAGACUGUUCAGAUUCUAGUGAUCUAUGCAUUUCUCAAAACGAUUUAAAAAGACUUUCUGUGACAAUUAAAAAGCAUUUGGAGAUAUCAGAAAAGUUAUCUAUUACCUUAAAUAUCAAUAUUUCAUAUCCAUACUACAACAAUCAUGGCACAUUGAAAGGGGUUGCAUAUCAAAUUGAGUAUGGAGAAAACAAGAUUGCAGGAGCUAAAAAAUCAAGCAUCAAAGGUCGAAAUUAUACCAUAGAAAUUGAAAGAAAAAAGGUAACACUGGGCAAAAAGAUGAUUUUGAAGGUAGUUCCUCUGACAAUAGCAAUGCUCCGGAAGGCAACUAUUGAAAACUCCACAGACAUAUUUUUCAACAUGCCACAUUCUUCUGUGCACAGCAUAGAUUUAGACACAAGCACAUUUUACUGUUUGAAGAAUGGAACUGAUUAUGAACUUAGCAGAUCACACAUAUGUGACGGAAUUGAUGAUUGUGAUAAAGAAGUAGGAUCUGCAACUGCUGAUGAACGGCUUGAGCUUUGUCAAGGGCAACAUAGAUUUCACUUCUAUAAAAUACUAAUUGGCAUACUAGCUGUUGUAUUUAUAUUCACUUUCAUCCUUGCCUUAAACUGCACUGCUUGUCACAACUGUUACAAAGACACCAACUUUAUAGAUUUUCAAAUUAAGAAGAUAAAGUUAAGCUUAAGCUCCUUGCAAGUGAAAGACAUCACAACUGUUAUUCCUUUCCUGUUUUUCAUAUCUGAAGGGAAAAACGCAAAUAUUGAACUUUUACAAGAAUUCUCAAAGGGGCAAAAGCAAAAGAUCAAUAUUCUAUCUAUUUUGGAAACCCAAAGGUUUAAAAAAGAUAAAAACUCUAAAAACUUCAUUGAAUCAUAUCAAGUUUCUUGGUUCUCUCAUUUUAUUUUGUUUUGCAAAAAGUGUUUUAGCCCUUGUGCUAAGAAUACAGACUAUUCUAAAGUAGCAAACAAGAAAGUAGAAAUAGAAGAAAAUGUGAGUCUGCAAGCAUACUGUACAAUUUCAGAUCAAAACUCAGAAAGUGAAGUUGAAGAAAAGAGUGAAGUUAAAUCUGACACAUCUGAUCUUCAAUCAGUCAUGUGGAAAGCUGUACAAUUUAUUUUUUCAUUUGCCUUCAAAAUAACAUUGUGUAUCUUUUACCAUGUAGACAUAAUGAAAGAUGUUGCUUUUGUUGUGAUUCUCCAUCACUAUGACACCAAAAUUGUUGAAGAAAAUUACAUUGAAAAUUUUAAAAGACGAAAAGAAGUGUAUCUCUCAGAACAGAAAAAUGAUUCUGUCAUAAAACCCCCAUUUUAUCUUGAAGUUUGGCAGUUAUGGUCCACAAUUUUAAUAUCAAUUGGAGCCAGCUAUAUAGGAAUAAUAUUUUACUCCUUACUUAGUAAAAAGUCUGGAAACAUCUACCGUAUACAUCCUAUCUGCAGUCCAACAAAACAUCAAAUAAUUACUAUGAUUGUCAAAAUUAUAGAGUGGCCAUUUUAUUUGCUCCUUAGUCCUUUGUUUUCCACAAUUUGGAUUUUUGCAGAAAAGAGUAGACUACUUUAUGAGGAGAGUUAUAAUGUAAAACAGAAGAAGACUGCUGAAAAAUAUGUCCAACAAAACUACAUCAAGGAACGUAAGCUGAGGUUAGAAAUAGUUUCCAAUCAUCAUAGUAUUAUAGAAAAUUCAUUGGAAACAUUAUGUCAAAUUGUGAUAACUUCAAUAGUUUUCAUAACACUAUCUACUCUAAUGCGAGACAGUAAGUACCCUUUGGAAGUGAUUGUUGUAUUUAAUUCCAUAUCAAUUUUGAAUAUGAUCCGUACAUUUGUCAAGUAUGAAACAGCAACAGCAACAGAUGUGUCAUUUUGGACAAAAAUGUAUUUCUAUUUUUUAUACACCACUCUUCUACUUCUGAAGCUUAUGGUCUACUGUUUCAGCUUUUUAAACUAUCCCAUUUACUUGUGCAUCCCUUUCAGUAUGUCUAUAUUAGUACAAUGGAUUUUUUUGAGCCAGAGCCUGAAGUCCACAAACUUUAACACAAUGGCUGCAGAGGAAAAAUAUGUUCAUAUUUUAGCAUCAAGCAUUCUUCCAGUAACUUGUCCAAGACCUUUAAAGAACAAAGAUUACAAGGAAUUGGAAUGGUGUAACAAAUGUCUCAAUUUGGAAGCACAAUGCACAUGUCACCAACUGAUGGAGAGAAUAGUGGGUAUCCUUCUGUUUUUUACUCAAUUAGGUUACCUGAUACUUGUCACCUUUAUAAUUCACUACUUCAACAUUCUUGAACCGUCUGAGAUAUGGGAAGACAAACCUUACCAGCGGUAUCUUCUUUCAAAUUUAGGUGAUAAAAAGGUGUAUGCCACCUUUCUUGCACUCCUUGGCUUCCUUAUGUUUCUUGUUGUGCUAUGGUAUUUUUGCUAUGAUUCAAAUGGCAACAAAGCCUCCCUGCCUUCAAUGAACAUGAAAAUCAAUUUUGAACCAAUAGAGCACUUGAUUGAAUAUUCCAAAGGGUUUCUAGCAUAUGGAGUACAAUUUGAAGAUAUCACAGAGAAGUUGCUUGAAAUUCAAAGUAAUGAAUAUCGGCUGUCUAAGGAAAAUCUGCAAAGCUUGCAUGACAAGUUUAGCACAACAGAGAUCUCCGAAGAUCAAAUGAAUCUGCUCAUCAGUAUUUUCUGUAAGAAGAUGAAUGAGGAUGGAGGCAAUUUAGAUCAACAAAUGAAGAAUCAGGUCUCUGCUGGUUUAUUGGUGCAUGGAAAUCAAGCAUCUGGAACAUAUGAAGAAACAGAAGUGAAAAGCAUGGUUACAAUUCAUCCUUCUCCUCCUUGUGAAGAUAUUCAUAUUCAAGAUAACAAUCACAAUUCCUUUCUAUACAGCAAAGAAGGAUUAAGACAUAAGAAAAAGCAUAGAUUCUCUUUCCGUGUCCAUGAGUUAACAUUGGUUACUGAAGACGCAGAUGAGAGGCUAUUGGACAAAGAUGAUGAAUUUGAUGAGGAGACGACUAUUUAAUCUUAUUGUUUUUAUGAUCUAUAAAUUAUUUUUUGCUUAAAAAGUGCUGUUAAAAAAUGAGAUUUUCCACAAGUUUGGUUUUGUUUCAUUAUUCAAAAAGUUGUCUCUGAACAUCAAAGUAAAGAUAUUGAUAUUAUUGGUAGCAGUUAAAAUUAUGCAUAAUAUAAUAAUCCCAUACUAA